AAAGCUGACGGAAGAGAACUUGAGGCAGGAAGAACAGAGUAAAAAGCUGGUGGAUGAGAACUUGAGAUUACAGGAUGAAAACUCAAACAUGGAAGAACGUCAUCAAAGGCAAGAAGAAACGAUUAAAAAGCUAACUGAUGAGAAUUUGAGAACAAAGCAACUUGGGAAAUACGGUUUCUUGUAUUACUGGCUGCAUUCGGACUGUCAUGUCUCUCUUGAAACUCCUGCAAGAACAUACAUAGGUAUCCACCCACCUCUCACAAAGGGAUAUCAUCCAGAUAAACUGAACGUGGUACAAUCUCUGGAGGAGGAUGUCAAGCGCCUAGGGAAUCCAGUUGAGAUCAUUCCUUUAGUCGGUCUAAAUGUUGACGAAAUAGAUGAAUGGUACAAAACAAUUGACGUACACUAUGCACAAUGGAAUAAGGAUUACAGUUUGCUAGAAACAGCUCUCUGCAAAGGAUCGGACGAAUUCAAGAAUUACUUAGCGAAACACAAACCCAGCAUUCAAAACCAAAAAAGUCCACUCUACAUAUAUGCAGCUGCCUGGGACCAUUCACAUAAAUAAACUGCGUCUGAAAAUAUCAGAAUCACUUAUGACUAGAGGAACCGUGCGUUUGUGGACUGUUCGUACUGCCGUGAAAACUAGUUGAUGUUAUCACUCUAUACUGUGCUCUUAUCCAUCAUACUUUUUGUAACUUUAUGCAUGAAUAAAUAAGAAACGGCAUUUGUUAAUACGUUUUCAAACAUUGUACCUAUUUCAAACUAUACACUUUUAUAACUAGGCCACCAAAUCUUUGUUAUGUACUGAUAUGCGUAUGUUUAUUUGGUAUUAAUGUAAA